AAGAAGACUUCAGUUAUACACUAGAAUCCAAAGACACGAGUUCCAGCCGAACUCUUAAUUAGUCGCAACUAAUUAGUUAAUAACAAUGGAACAAGUAAAUAACGGAAAGGAAUUGACGACAGAUAGAUACACCGAAUCUAUCGAGAUCUCCAACAAAUGUCGGGAGUUUUACCUGAAGAGAAUGGAGGACGCUGAGUCCAGGAAACAGUCCACCCAGACGAAUCCAUCCCCCCGGGGAAGGAGGAUCACAUCCAUUGAUACAGCCAUGGGCAAACUUAGGGAGGAGAUGAAUUCUUUGAUGGAUCAAGAUUUAUCCCUCAUGAAACAACUCCUGGUUUUAAACGAGACCAUUGAAGAGCUGAAAUGGAAAAGAAGAUGUAGCUAUGAAUCCAUGCCCGACAGUUCUGCCGAGCUCGAUGUUUCUGAUUGGUCGCUGUCAGACAACGACCUUUUCGAGUCAUGCGACGACGUUUGCAAAAAAUCCCAGCAUGAGGAAACCGAGGCUCCGGAAGUUACGUCAUUGGCCAACGCAAUCAAACACAAAUGCACCACACUUGAAAGUCAUAUCCCUACAAAGAAAAUUGAAAAGAAAUCCGAGAAAAUAUACAAAUUCAAAAUUGAAAAUGCAAUCUACAAACAAACAAGUGAAGAGGACCAAAGCUCUUGUGAUUCUGGAAUUUGCGACAGCUUUUUAGAAGAGUGUUCUUGAACCUGGUCUUCCAUAUAUACUGUCAAGUUGCAAUAUUGAGGUGUGUCAAGGUUGUGUUCAGCUUCAAAAUGAUCUUCAACAUUGCACAAAUGAUGCUGCGCCCACUGAAGUUUACAUUCUCAGGACAUUUUUAGUUAAGAACGAGGCUUCUUUUGUGAUGACGUAAGUUGCAGACGAAGCCGCUGUAAUGGCGAACGACGAAUACACAUUGUGUAGGAUAUAUUCAAAUCGUCUGCUCUCACGGCAUCUCGAAGAAGGGUGCUCUUUUAUUGACACUAUGGCUUUAGGUGCAUUUAAACUUGCAAUUAUGUGCCUUAUCUGACAAUAAAUGUACACGUAUGUGAAGGAUUCAUCUUUCUUUUCCAGACAAUUUGUUUACAUGACUGUAUUUUUAUUUAUAUGGAAUAAUCAAGACUUUCACAAACUGUGAAGCAUAGAUAAAAGAUUCUAUGUUGUUUAUUGUUUGAAAACUGAAAAGUGCAUUUUAUACACAUAUUUUAU